AUGCAUUUGGCUUGUCAAAAAAAUUUGGAAACACCAAACGAUCCUAAUCUGCCAUUACCACUGAGUUUUGGUGUUGCAAAUUUUUUUGACAAGCCAAAUGCAUCAUCGCAAAAGAACAAUUUUUUUUUAUUGCAUUUGGCUUGCCCAAAAAAUUUGGAAAUACCAAAACUCAGUGGUAAUGGCAGAUUAGGAUCUUUUGUCAAAAUUUUUUCUGGCAGACCAAGAAUGGCUCCUUAG